AUGCAUCCUCUAUCGUUAUUUAUCGCGACUCAUUUUUUUAAAUCAUCAGCCGUAAAGAAAAUGCUCGGUAAUAUUCGAACAGCAUUCAAAGGAAGAAUUGAACUUAAUACUCGGAAGACCGGAAGAACUACUCGGAAUCGAACUGUACGAACUGCAGAUCGUACGAGACGUCAAGGUCGAUCAACAGCAGAUAACAGUCAAGAAGAUGUAACAGUCAUCUGGUUAACAAGCGAGGUCGACAAUGAAGAGGAACAUCCAUUGGUUCAGUCUCUUCGUAUUGUCAGUACGGUUGUAAAGGUUUAUAAAACUAUCGAAGAAGUCAUAGCAUGUCUUCAAUCAGCAAAUGAUGACAAAUUUUUUCUAAUUAUUCACGGUGAUGUCGAUCAUGUUCUCACUACGGUUGAACCAUACAAACAAAUCGAUUCGAUCUUUCUUUAUACACAUGAAAUCCCUGAGCGAAUGCCAACACGUCUCAAAGCACAUUGUGUCGAUGAAACUGAAUUGGUCAGUAAUGUAAAACAAGCACGAUUUGAACUCGGUAAACAAGCAGCGGCCUUUUCCGUUUAUAAUCAAGCCGAAAAAGCCACUCGUGAUCUGACUCGUGAAACCGGUUCUUUUCUCUUUUUUCAAUUGUUUAAAACUGCUCUUCUCAGUAUGACGAAAACCGAACAAGCUAAAACAAUGAUGAUUUCUAAAUGUCGUGAUUAUUAUCGAGGAAAUGAAGCUGAAUUGGCCAACAUCACUGAAUUCGAAGAAACAUACGAGUCGAGUGAAGCAAUCCCGUGGUAUACAAGAGAAUCUUUCGUCUACAAAUUGAUCAACAAAGCUCUACGAACAGAAGAUGUCGAUGCUCUUUAUCAUUUUCGGUAUUACAUCGUUGAUCUAUGUGUGGAGUUAGAUAAAAAUUUUCAAGAACUCAAAGCAACGCGAACAGAUCCGGUUUUACAUCUUUAUCGUGGCUUCAAAGCUUCACGAGAAGAAAUUCGUAAUUUUGAAAAUAAUAUUGGAAAUUUGAUUUCAACGAAUGGAUUUUUAUCCACUAGUAACGAGCGACAAGUGGCGUAUGGGUUCGCGACGAAGCCAGUCAAUCGACCGAAUCUUCAACGAGUAUUAUUUGAAUAUAAAGUCGAUAUAACCGUUGUCAAGAAGAUUAUCGUUGCAGAUAUUCGCAAAUACAGCGACUUUCCCGAAGAAGCAGAAAUGCUCGUUGAUUUAGGAGCGUCGUUUCAGAUCGAUUCGUGUACGUACAGUGAAGAAGAAGAUCUUUGGUUCGUCACAGCCAGUGCAUCAGAUCAAGGUGCAGCAGCUGCUGAGGAAUAUAUUGAAUAUCAAAAGGCUAAAAUGGCAGAAUCAAAUAUGGUCCUUAUGUUUGGUCAUUUACUUGUCGAAAUGGGUGAAUAUAUCAAAGCAGAAAAGUAUUUUUAUGCCAUUUUAUAUUCAUCGAAUCCAAAUGAUGAAGAAAUCGCCUGUAUUUACCAUAACAUUGGCCGAGCUCAUCGUCGCAAAGGCGAAUUCGAUCGUGCACUUCAAUGUUUCAAUCGUUCGUAUCAAACACAUUUAACAGCUCGACCACCUCGACUAAUGAGUGCAGCGAAAACAAUCAAUGCAAUUGGAAUUCUCUACAUCGAACAAGGAGAUAUUCACAAAGCACAAGAAUCGUUUGAAAGAGCACUGAAAUUAUAUACAAGAACAGUUAAUCGACACCAUCCGGAUAUUGGCGGAACACUUGUUAAUUUGGGAAAUAUCUUUUGUCAACAGGGUGAUUAUGAUCAAGCAUCGAUUUAUUUUAAACGAGCAGAGAAAAUCUUUCAACGACGUUUACCAUCGAAUCAUCCAAAUCUUGCGCUUAGUUUAAACAAUUUUGGUAAUUUACAUUAUCAAAAGAACGAGUACGAACAAGCAAUGAAUGCUUUCAAAAUAGCUCACGAAUUGAAAGAAAAAAUAUUACCACCUGAUCAUCCAGAUUUAGCUGGAGGUGCAUAUAAUCUUGCUGUUUUGCAUACGAUUCAUAAUGAACAUGAACUUGCUAAUCAAUAUUUCGAAAAAUCAAACAAUUGCACUUUGCCUGAAUCGCAUCCGUUCAGACAAAUGCUCAAAAGUAAUACAAUCUUACGAGAAUCGACAACAGACACGCAAGUGGAAGACAUUGAAAAUGAAGAACCUACUGAGUAUCCAAUUUUACGAUUGUAA